GAGCGGAACGAGCGCGCGCACAGUUGUUAGAGCUCUGCUGGGUUUCUAACGGUCGUGACACGGCGUUAACUGACGGGUAGAGGAUCGUACGGGAACUAUUAGUGUUUGUUUUUUAUUCUUCUUUAUUGGAUAUUUGUUUAUCAAUAUAAACAUGGCAGUGACUGAAGCUGGAUGUGAUUUAACUUACUGCAAAAUGAGGGGAAUUGUCACCGUUCUCACCGCUUUCAUCAAGGAGAGAAAAAUGGGGUUGAAUGACUUCAUCCAGAAGCUGGUGUCUACCCCACAUAUCUGCCAACAUGUUGAAGUUAACAACUUCCUGAAGAUUGAUGAGAAUCAAAAUGAGGAAGUUGAAGAUGAUGAACAUCCUGAAAGUCCGAUGUACCUACAUUCACGAAGUUCACUGGCUGAGGAAACUCAGAUCAAACCCUGUGAUUUUGACUACCUCAAAAUCAUCGGCAAAGGCAGCUUUGGAAAAGUUCUGCUCGCUCGACACAAGGAGUCCACCAAAUACUACGCUGUCAAAGUGCUUCAGAAGAAAAUCAUUAUGAAGAAGAAAGAGCAAAAGCAUAUCAUGGCUGAGCGCAGCGUGCUGAUGAAGAACAUCAAGCAUCCCUUCCUGGUGGGGCUGCACUACUCCUUCCAGACUACUGACAAGCUGUACUUUGUACUUGACUAUGUUAACGGCGGAGAGCUGUUCUACCACCUCCAAAGGGAGAGGAUCUUCCUGGAGCCGAGAGCCAGAUUCUACGCGGCUGAAAUUGCAAGUGCACUUGGCUACCUCCACUCCCUGCACAUUGUGUACAGGGACCUGAAGCCUGAAAACAUCCUGUUAGACUCACAGGGACAUAUUGUCCUCACAGACUUCGGCCUCUGCAAAGAAGGCCUUGAGAACAAUGGAACUACAACAACCUUCUGCGGGACACCAGAGUACUUGGCCCCUGAGGUCCUCCAGAAGCAGGCGUACGACCGCACUGUUGACUGGUGGUGUCUUGGAUCGGUGCUCUACGAGAUGCUCUAUGGGCUUCCCCCGUUCUACAGUCGCAACACAGCUGAGAUGUACAACAACAUCCUGCACAAGUCUCCGGUGCUUAAGCCCAAUGUGUCAAACGCAGGCAGGGAGCUGCUCGAGGGGCUCCUGCAGAAGGACCGCACCAAGAGGCUGGGAGUGAAGGAUGACUUUCUUGAACUCAAGUACCAUUCCUUCUUCUCUCCAAUCAACUGGGACGACCUGAUGUCCAAGAAGAUAACACCGCCAUUCAUCCCCUCAGUGAGUGGUCCCACAGACCUCCGACACUUCGACCCGGAGUUCACACACAUGCCCGUGUCCUCCUCUCUGUGCAACGACACCCUGACUGUGAGCAGCAGCGUCAAGGAAGCAGCCGGAGCUUUUCCAGGCUUCUCUUACGGUCCUCCGGCAGGCCACUCCUUUAUGUGAACGCCAACAUCUCUGCCCUUCUUUCCCGGGUAACACACAAGAUUUGGGACACAAGCUCUGGAUUGAGAGUCUAAUUUUAACAGAGGGACCACACCGGAGCAGCCUGUUCUGGGGACGUUACAGAGCCUGAUCAAAGGAGCUAACUGACAAAUGGACACCAGGGGGGCAGAUCUUGAGGGAUCUUGCAUGAAAAGUGUACAGAUGGGCACUCCUGUUACAACAACACUGGCCCUACUCUUCUGCCUCAACCACCCAAAACUAUAAUACAUGUGUGCCAAGUAUGGAUGCACUCCGGGGUCAUAACACAUCACUCUCACAGCUACUGGUGAAGUGACAUGAAGAGAAGUGCCUGAGGUUUGAAAGGCAGUUUGGACGGCAGCAGUAGCAGCAUUGGCAAGAGCCAUCUUUAUGAAAAAGAAAACACAAACAUUUCACUUGUUUGGACUUUUGACCAGGGCGCUAGCUGUUAAGGUGGAUGCCUUCAUUACAUGUCUUUAUGUUAAAACAGUUUUUUGUUCUAAAUGUAUUGUUAUUUUCAUGUGAAUGCUCAAUUGCACUUGAGGAAACAAGGGUCAAGAAAAGUGAAAAUAUUCUGCUUUAAGUAUCAAUUUAUGGACUAGACAGCUUCAUAUCUUUUCACUUUUAUUUCAUAUCUCUGCUUUGAACAAGGAAAAAUAAUGGCAUUUCAAUAUUUUACACUAAUAGUGGACCAAACAGUUAACUAUGGUAUGCUUUAACACAAACACUUUUUUUGACCGGUUUGUCCUCAAAAACUGAAGAUCAAAGUCUUGUGCACUGUGUCGAAGAAAGAAGUUACAAUAACUUAUAUUGUAUUGCAAAACCAAUAUGGUUACUAAAAACAUUCGCUCUUUACUUAUGAGAAGGUUCUGCAUAUAUUAUAAAUGAGUUAUAAAUCUUUCCUAGUGUGUGUGUA